UCUCUACAUAGGCUUCAAAGAAACUUCUGACUCGCAUAAAUGGCUAAGCAAAUAAUUUUACUGGUAUUUAGCGUCAGCUUAUUGGUGCAGCUCACCCCUUCAUAUACGGACGACCAGGCGUUCAAUUCAUUUGUUAAGGCGGAUCACAGCCUUAAGCAGACUGAAGCAAGUAAACCCUCUGUGGAGAGUCUCACCUCGGAAGUUGCGCCACUGUUAAUCUAUACCGCCAUACUUGUUGAGGAACACGGCCGGCACAUCAUACGAGAAUCGCGCAUUUUCCUCAAGGACGUGGUUGGUGAACUGCUCGAGCUUCCUUCGAGAAGUGCAGGCAUACAAAGGAAUAUCACGCGUUUCAAUAAUUUGAUACAGCGCAUCGAAAGUAUUGACUUGGAAGGCGAUUCCUCUGCGGUAUUAUCUGAGAAAUCCACACUUUUAGAUGAUAUAGCACAGUUGCUUGCUGAUGUCGAUCUUACAGCCGCAGACGACGUUGCCAAUAGUGAGGCUGUGAUUUACAAGAAAGUCUUUCACAAAGUAGACUUGAAGGGAUUUCGUAACAAUUUGGCCAAGUCGGCGGAAACUACAGUGCAUAAGUUUUCAAUCAUUUUUACUAGAUUUUGGAAUUCGCUUGGUGACACAGAGACAGAGUUGCUGUCAGAAUUACGUGAUUGGUGGAUACAAUUUAAUGCAGAGAAAAAUGCCGAAGAAAAAAUUAAACAUUUUGCUGAAUUCCUCAAAAUAUUUGGAGUUUAAGUACACAGAGGGCCCACUUGAAAUUUAAUCAUUUCCCGAUAGUUGGCGCUGGUUAAAUUUUGUUAAUGAAAUAAAAGAACACAUUUCCUAGAAAAUUCCUUGCUUGUAGAAAAUGUCGUUGAAAAAAUCAAUCAUAAUUUGUUAGUGAAUGCGGCCAUUAGAGUGAAAUGCAUAAUUAUCGUAAGCGAGCAAGCACCAUUACAUCUGCAGCAGGUCUUGCGUUCGUUCUCCACUGCCGGUAGGGUAGUAAGUUAAACUUAAAACAAUUAUUAUUUGUUGUUGUGCUAUCAGUUGGCCUUUACCAGGUGGCAUGGCAAACUUCAAAAAACUUUUCACUAUCCAGAGUCGGAAUUCAACUGCAUCAAUUGAAGUACAACUCAAAUAGAUUACCAACACUAAAGCUUCAAUAUAUUAUAUUAAAAUAAAUGGUAAAUAA